UUGCCUGCAAUUACAGAUACCAGACAAAACAAAUGAAUCAUGUAUGUUGUAAUGUAUGUCUAAUUGUCCCCUAACAAUAACAAAGUUCUAGUAAGAAAGAAAACAUAAUCAACAAACUGGAGAUAGAGGUCAAAUGGAGUUGGUGUCUGCUUUUCUAGUUGUAGGAACAUGUAUAUUUUCAAAAUAACAAAAUGUUUACAUACCAUAGAGCAUGUUAACAUUUAGAGUAUGUGCAUACAUUUUCAAGCUUUUAAAAUAACAUCUGUUGCUUUCAUUACUGUCCAAGGUGGAGAACAUAACAUACCUAACACAUUGGAUGUUAGGUACUGCAGUCUUAGAGUCAGUGGUGAUCAUCCAUAAAAUUUAAAAUUUAAAUUCAGUUUAUUUGUAUGUAUUGAUAACAGACAUUGUUUUAAAAAUUAUAUUAAUUUAGAGUAUUCCGAAUAUUGAAAACAAAGAGUUUGUGAAUUCUGUUAAAAUGUCAGUGAUCAUAAGAAAUAAGAAAAAUAUAUCAGUUUGGUAAUCUCACGAGCAAUGGAGUAAGUGGCUGGAAUUAAAAAAAAAACGUCCGUCCUUCCUCUUAUCUCAAGCUGCAGAAGUGUGUUAUACCACUCCCCACAUGCGAUGCAACACACAAAGCCUGCUGGCCAACAUUGAUACAUAAGAUAACUAAUGAGACUCAGCUUGUUUGUGUCUCCUCAUUGCUGCAACAACCUUUUUCAUACUGGGACAAGAAAUAAGAAGUGAAUAAACAUGUCAAGAGGAGAAAUCAUCUUUCUUUUUCUGUGUUUACUGUUUGAAUCUUCAUCGACUCAAAGCAAGCAAUGUGAAAAGGAGACAGACUGCCAGAUUGUUUUCCGGUCUGCCACAGAAAUCCCACAAACCCUGAGACCAGGCGUGACAGAGGUUUUUUUUCUGGAUAGCCAAAUUAAAACAAUCCCUAAAGCAGCCUUUCUAGAAAACCCCCAGCUUGAAAAGGUGGAAUUCUUGAACACUGAUACGACAUCUAUUGAGCCGGGAGCUUUUAAAGGUUUGGUAGACCUCAAGGAUAUUGAGAUCUCCAACAGUCCACUAACGUCAAUCCCAGUGGGAGUAUUUAAAGACCUCAGCAACUUGGAGAGGCUUAGACUAAAGCUAAACAAGCUCCGCAGUCUAGAGAAAGGCUUAUUUGAUGGCCUUGAAAAAGUAAGAGAGCUCCAGUUAAAUGGGAACGAGAUUGAAUUGAUUGAAGGCGGGUCCUUUGAUGGUGUUGAAAACCUUGUACUCCUCCAUUUAGGUAAAAACAAUCUCUCUGCUGUAUAUACCGACUGGUUCUCAAAGCUAAACAAACUGGAGAUAUUACGACUUUACGAGAAUCAGCUAACCACAAUUCCUGAAGAUAUUUUUCAGAAUUUGCCAAAUUUGAAGGAAAUUGGCUUGCAUGGAAACAAAAUAGCAGAAUUACCACCAAAUCUAUUACCACAUAAAGACAAACUAAAGAAGCUUUAUUUGGAUAGUAAUCUUCUGACUAGUUUACCUCAAGAAUUUUUUGUUGGCUUCCCUCAGCUUAGUUCACUGACGCUACAGAAGAAUAAACUAAGCACUCUACCACCAGUGCUUUUUGGAGCAAUGCCUAAAUUGACUGAGUUAAGUCUCAGUCAAAACAAUCUCAACACUCUUCCUGAAGGAAUAGUCAGCCCUCUGAAGAAACUCAAGAAGCUAGAUCUGUCUAAAAAUCACUUUGUCACCGUGCAUGCUGAGUACUUUGAAGGCCUUGAGAAGCUUACAGAGCUGAAUCUACUGAACAACAAGAUAAAUUCGCUGGAUGCAAAUGUGUUUGCAAAGCUACCAUCACUGACCACACUCAAGCUAGCUUACAACAACCUCCAGACGCUUCCUGAAGAUAUUUUUCAGCAUUUAGUAAAACUCCAAAAACUUUACCUCAGUGACAACCCAUGGCACUGUGACUGCAAUCUGAUACAUCUUCACCUCUGGUUGAAGGCGACCUCUGUCAAGAUUAUGAAUCCUGUGGUUUGUGAGUAUCCAGAAGAUCUAAAAGGGAAGGAAAUCCAAUCAUUAACAGAGGAUCAAUUUAUUUGCCCCACUCUUCCCUCCACAACCACUCUCACCACCACAACUACCACGACACUCCCAACUACAGAACCAACAACCACAAUACUUACUACCACAACACCAACAACCACUUUGCCAACCACCACCACAAUAAUACCAACAACCACUGCUUUGCCAACAACCACACCCACAACAACAGUAACUACAACUGUACCCACGACCACUAUAACAACAACAGCACCUACCACAACUAUAGCAACAACUGUACCCCCAACAACCACAACGACUACACCCACCACAACUAUAGCAACAACUGCACCCACAACAACCAUAGCAACAACUGUACCCACAACAACUAUAACAACAAGGGCACCCACAACAACUAUAACAACAACUGCACCCACAACAACAAUAGCAACAACUGCACCCACGACCAUUAUAACAACAACUGUACCCACAACAACAAUAGCAACAACUGCACCCACGACCAUUAUAGAAACAACUGUACCCACAACCACUAUAACAACAACUGUACCCACCACAACUAUAACAACAACUACACCUACAACCACUAUUGCAACAACUGCGCCUACAACCACCAUAUCAACAACUGCACCUACCACCACUAUAACAACAUCUCUACCCACGACCACCACCACAACAAGAAGUACGCCUAUGCCCACUACAACAACUCCAUCUACAACAACUAUGACACCUCCUUCACAAACCACUCCAAUGAUCUUCAUCGUUCAUCCCAAGGAGCCAGCCACUCAGGAGCGAUCAUCUUCCUACAAAAACAAACUUCAGCGGUGCAAAUAUCAGAUGAUGAUCUACACCUCACUGCUGGUGGUGUUGAUCACCUGCACACUGGCACUGGCUAAGUUUAUCCUGUCUCUUUACUGCCUGCUGCAGCACAGGGAGAGGAUGUACUACAGAGUCAAACUCACCCACUUCUCCUACAGGAGAGAGGUCACCCUCAGGCCACUACUUGAGGCAGAGACUCAUGGACUUUAAAUAACAACAGCACUUUAGAAAUGACCACUUGUUUGAUGUCAGUGAUGGUAAAUGAGCAGAUUAGCAGCCACAUGACCUGUCAAAGCACCCUGACCUUCAACCAGCAAUGCAGAAUAUUUGUCUCCCCCUCUGGCAGGGAGAGUAAUUUCACACAAAACAUAAAAGAAUUUGUUUCACCACAGUGUAAUACACAAUGAGUGCUCAAUACAAACCCUACAGUAAUAGCAACUUUAAUAAAAAUUGUAAUAAAAUAUUCAUUAAGUAAUGCUAUACAUUACUAUUAUUAUUAUGCUACUGAUGACAUGCUUUGGCAAGUUGUACAUACACUAGAAAUGUCUCAUCUGCAAAUUCUUUUGCUGUAAAGGAUUUCUGAAAUGCAUAAUAAUGUGUUAAAAACAUAACACACUGUACAAUGAUUAAACAUCCUUUUUCCUGGA